UUCACAUACACAUCCUGGUCUCAACAUUAACACAUCGGAUUCACUCCCACUCCGCCACCGCAGCCCAUGGCGGAUGGACCUAUAAUCACCGUCACCACCACCACCAAGCAAAAGAGGCCACGGCCACCGUCUGGACGCACUAACCUGGCUUCCUGCGUGGUGGCCACUAUCUUCUUAAUCUUCAUCGUUAUCGUCAUAUUUAUAAUCUACUUCACAGUGUUCAAGCCACAGGACCCCAAGAUCGCCGUCAGCGCCGUUCAGCUUCCGUCAUUCUCCGUCGCUAAUGGCACCGUCAACUUCACCUUCGCCCAGUACGCAUCCGUCAGAAACCCUAACCGUGCGGCGUUCUCCCACUACGAUAGUUCCCUCCAAUUACUCUACUCCGGCAGCCAGGUGGGAUUCAUGUUCAUCCCCGCCGGCGAGAUCGACGCCGGCAGGACCCAGUACAUGGCGGCGACGUUUUCGGUCCAGUCAUUCCCGUUGUCGUCGGCGCCGGCGAACUUGGGUCCCACCCUGACCAGUGGGGAAGGGGUUGGGUUAAACAAUAUUGGGUUGAGAGUGGAACCAACGAUUGAGAUCGAGUCAAAGUUGGAGAUGGCGGGGCGCGUGAGAGUGUUGCACUUCUUCAGUCAUCACGUGCAGGCCAACGCUGGUUGCAGGGUUGCCAUUGCCGCCACUGAUGGAUCUGUGUUAGGCUUUCACUGCUAAUUAAUUCGUCUUCUCUCUAUUAUAAUCUUUUUCAUUUUUAUUUUAUUUUUUUAAUUUUAUUUUUGUAA